AUGGCAACCGAAACCUCAAGCGAGUCGGACAGCGGAAACUUAUCUACAAAUCAGCUGAUGCUAAAAGAUCAAAGAUCACGAGCGAACUCACAAACAACCUGUCUCAUCUACAACAACAACAACUCAACUGUACUCAAUAAAGUGCUCUCAAGAUUUCAAUUUGAUGAUGAAGAGUUCUCCGCGAAAGGGUUGCUCAUUUCUGACCGAGGCUACUUGGAAGUUUAUCCUUACGACAAAUUGCAAGCAAAACGACAACGCAGCUGCAAAUGGAUGAAGAUCUCAAUGAAUACGAAAGUACCAGCUCCGAAAGCAGACCUCAACCUCAAAGAUUCGAUGGCAUAUCUUGAGAAAUACUACAAGUCCUCCUCAGCAGCUACAGCGAUUUCUUUUUUCACAAAGAGCGAGAAACUGACACAGAACUCCCGACCACUUCUGCUCACCAUGCUUAGUCACAAAGAAAACGACGCGAUCGUGAUUUAG